AUGCUGACAAAACCAUUGAUUGCCACUUUGUUGCUAAGAGCCGAAGAACAAGUUUUAGUACGACCAAACCAAUGGGGAUAUUUGUACAAUUUGAUCAAAAUUCAACGAGAAAAAGACUGGAAGGUACUUUAAGACAACAUUUAAGAUUAGCAGCAUAACGCCAAUUUUAGUUUAACGAAUUUUGGGUAACAAUGCGCAACUUUCACGUGUUUCGGCCAAACUAUCUGUACCUAGCACAACACGGCGAUGCGUUUGCUAUAAGAAAAUUAUUGGGAGGUAAGUUGACAAUCCGUAUUUUAUAAAAACAAAUAUAAUCAGUCGAUUCUAACGCUCUUUUUUAAUUUAUUGUAAGUUAUUAAUGGAACAAGUGUUUACAUAACCACCAAAUAUUACACUGCUAAUACAUAUGGAUUUAUGUUAGAACUACAAACUAAUCGAGUUAUUGAAGAAUUGGCCAAUAUUGUGUGCGAAAAUAAAAAUUGUUCUUUCAAUAGUAUUCUAAAUCAAGAUAACAUUAAUCUUUGUGUUAAAAAAGUAAGCUUUAAUAUAUGUUACAAACAGAAUUGUCAAUGUUGCAAUAUACGUAACCAAUUAUAACUAAAAUUAAAAACCUGAUGCAUAUUUAAAACGAGUUAUAUCGCAUAUUAUUUAAGGUAAACACAGUAUCUUCUACAAAAUCUUUUAAAAUGCCGUUACAGUCAGGGUCAGUGUUGCAUUGGAGAACGAUACAAAAAUUACAGAUACGCCUGCAUUAUGAUGAAGAUAAUAUAGGAAUUAAUUUUAUAUAUGAAAUUAGCGACAAUGUUUCAGCAAUUAAAAAUAUUAGCCAUAAGAAUGUUACAGUAACUGGGGAAAUCCAUUUGUCACCAAAAAUUAUAGUCGUGGACAAGGUUGAGAUGUACGUUUAUAUUUUUGCAUUGCCGAAAGAGGGUUAAUGUUAGAAUUAAAGCUUUAAAAAAUACAUUUUUAGGGUUUACCCAAAUGGAUACAACAAAUCGUGGCCUGGUAUAUGUGCUGGCAAUGGCUGA